AUGUCUAUAGAUAAACUAACACCACAGAAAAGAAAGAAUGAUGAUGUUCCUAAUAGUAACAAUGUAAAUCAAAAUAAUAGUAAUAACAGUAAUAACAGUAGUAAUGAAGAAGUAGUUUUUAAAUCGAGUAGUCCACUACUUCCACCUCACCUUCCUCAUCCACAAACACAAGUACAUACACAAACACAAGUACAUACACAACGACCAGAACUACAAGCAGUAUAUCAACAACAUCAAUUUCUACAGCAACUACAACAACAGCAACAGCAACAGCAACAGCAACAGCAACAGCAACAGCAACAACUACAACAUCAUCGUCCACCUGGAAUUCUUGGAGCAACACCUAUGCCUACACAACAUCCAACACCAAUUCCAAUUUCACCACUUACAACACCAAUUUCAAUACCAACUAAUACUACUACCACUACCACCAACACCAGUAGUAGUGUACCUGCGGGAACAGCAGUACAAAAUCAACAACUUAACCAACUAUACUUUCAGCAAUAUCAACACCAAUUACACGCACAAUAUCUAGAACAACAACUCCAAAUGCAUUAUCAACAACAGCUACAGCAACAACAAUAUCAUUAUCCACAACAUGUUUUAACAAAUCCGAUUUCUACACCACCUCCACCUCCACCGACUCAGACGACGAUUGCACCUUUAACACCAACGUCUGUUCAUACUCCAUUAUUUAGUCCAUCACCAUAUAGAUCACCCACAGAUCGACAACAAAAACAUCAACAUCACAGUGUUGUCGAUGAUACACCAACAACAAUUUUAUCACCAACUACACCAAACAAAUCGGUGUGUGUGGAACCAGUUUUGAUUCAUAGGAUCAACUCAACACCAUAUUGGUGUGUAAAUGACCCACAUAGACUGCCACUUUACAACACUGAUAUUGCUCAGCUCUAUGAGGACGAACCCCUCACUGAGAAUGCAAUAGCGUCAUUCAGUCAAAUACUACUCUGGUAUCACUUUGGCGAGAAGGAUCGACAGAAACUAAAGUACAUCAAGAUAUAUCAUCCAAAGAACUUUCGGCAACACCAACUCCCCAAUGAGAAUAUCAACUCAAUCAUUCCUUUUUCCUCAACAGAGACAACAUCUUCGACGACAUCAACGACAACACUAACAACAAUAAGAUCAUCACCACCCUAUCAAAGAGAUUUCACAUUGCGCUCAGAGAUUAUAUUUCUACCGGUGAUGGGUGACUAUCAUUGGAUCUUGAUCGUUGUCGUCAUCGAUGAGAACGAUACCCGAACUGCAUAUAUCAUCGAUCCACUGAAACAAUCGAACUACCACUUGGACAGUGCAAUCAAAUCACACUUUUCCAUUGGCAAAUUCAAUAAACUCGAAUGGUUCACUGACGACACCAAUCCAAAUACGAGUGGAGUCUAUUGUAUGGCGUCUCUAGAGCUAUGUCUAAUCGCACUCAUCGAACAACUCUCUAAAUCACUUCAUCUUGGUCCUUCCAAGUUGGAUCUUCAAACGAUAUUCGAUCAACAACAUUUUCAAACAUUCGACUUUUCCACUUAUAAACAACGUAUAGCAAAAUCAUUCAUUCCUCCAACUGUUUUAAUAGAACCAUUCAACCAUUUCUUAAAUAUUCCAACAACAACAACAACCAUAAAUAAUAAUAAUAAUAAUAAUAAUAAUAAUAAUAAUAAUAAUAAUAAUAAUGAAAUUAGUAAUAACAAUAAUAAUGAAAAUAAUAAUAACAAUAUGUAUAAAGUAACAACAAUAAUAGAUGAUAAACAAGACGAAACAAUUUCAAAGUCAGAACCACCAAUAGCAAUUAGUAGUAGCAAUCCAACUACAACAGCAACAGCAUCAACAACGACAACGAAAUCAGAUGCACCAUUAAAAAUAACAGUUAAGAAUACACGUCUGUGGCCAAGGUUUGUUGGUAACUCUGUAAAGAGUUGGAUUGUACACUAUGAACAGAGACAACUGAAAGCGAUAAGUGGUGAAAUCACUACUAUUAAGGAUCCAGAGUUGGUUAAAGACUGUUAUACUCUGUGUCAAUCGGAUCUUGCUGUAACUUGUGUGGAGAUUGCUCAGCAUGGUACUCUACUGGGCAAUAAAGUUUGUCAACAACUAUUUGAUAAGCUCAAAGCAGAUUAUAAUAGAUUCUUUGCGAAAAGUAAGGAUUCAACUACAACAAUUAUUGUUAGUGAUAAAAGCGAUAAAUCAAAUCAAAGCGAUGAUGAUGAUGAUGAUAGUAGUGAUGAAGAAAAAGAGAAGGAGAAGGAGAAGGAGAAAGAAAAGGAGAGGGAUAAAGAGAAGGAAAAGGAAAAGGAAAGAGAAAAAGAGAGAGAAGAGGAAAAACAAAAAGCAAAAAGAAAGAAAGAAGAGGAGAGAAGAGAUAGCGAGAGAAGAAAGAAAGAAAAGAAGAGAAGAGAGGACAGCGAGAAGAAGAAAGAUGAAGAGGAGGGCGAGGUAGGCAAGCUACUGAUCAUGGAGGAGGACGGAGGUGAUAAUGACAGCUCGGUAUUUGACGAUAGUAUGGCCAUAGUUCUAUCGCAAAUUCCAAACGAAGAUGAAUUCUCGAUAUUCUCAACGUCAGCAAGCAACAAACAGCCAAUGUUUAUUAGCGAACAACAACCCAUUAACAAUGUCGUUAACAACAUCAAUGAAAACCUGGUGGAAUCAGCAACUCUACAGUGGUAUCUAAAGAACGAAAAGAAAGGCGAAGUACUUUAUCAGCUGUACAAAUCGUUUCUACCGCAUCUCUUCAGUGAGAACAUGAGCGAAUUGCACAAGUUUGAUGGACGUCCAGCUCUCUUCUAUUCAAUGUUGUUUCUGCUGCCGCCACUAAAGAGCAAGUCAGAGAUUGUCGCGGCGUACGGCGUCGAAGGACACAGGCUAAUACAGCGGUGCAUGCUUGAUUUCCUCGAGAGAACAAGCGAAGCCACCAAGGCCUUCGACAAGAAGAAAGACAUCGCCAACAAGAAAAUCUUUAGCAAUUGGUACAAUCGUAUUGAGACACUGCCAAACACUGGCAAGCUACCGUCCGGCCUGUUCCCAUUGGCCUACUCCACCAAUACCAAAGACGUUUGUGUACUGGUGACCUAUCCACUGGCGAAAAAUUUUGAUCCCGCCAUCGGAUUCUACCGUCCCAUAUGGGUGUCUGACUCUAGUUUCAAUGAGAGACACAUUUCGUUUAGUGCUGGUCAACUUAGAGAUAGAUUCUCAGCAUUAUGUAAUCCAUAA